AUGUCUACAGCAACUGCAGGAGGCGUCCCCGUGGAGGUCCACAACGCCGGUGGUGCCCUGCGCGUGCUGGUGACCAAAAACCUGCCGGGCGAUCGCUGGCUCAAGGUCCUCACCGCCGCUGGGUGCCGCGUGGAGGUGUGCAGCGACCCGGACACCAUCCUGAGCAAUGAGAAGAUCAAGAAGCUGAUUGGGGACAAGUGCGACGGCGUAAUCGGGCAGCUGACAGAGGACUGGAGCACCGAGCUGUUUGGAGCGCUCAAGGCGGCUGGCGGCCGCGCCUACAGCAACUAUGCCGUGGGUUACAACAAUGUGGUGGUGCCGGAGGCCACCAAGGUCGGCAUCCCGGUGGGGAACACGCCAGGCGUGCUGACUGAGACGACAGCGGAGCUGGCGCUGGCGCUGACGUUUGCGGCGGCGAGGCGGGUUGUGGAGGGCGACACCUUCAUGCGCGGCGGCCAGUACAAGGGCUGGCUGCCCACCCUGUUUGUGGGCAACCUGCUGCAGAACAAGGUGGUGGGCAUUGUGGGUGCUGGGCGCAUCGGCACCGCGUAUGCGCGCAUGAUGGUGGAGGGGCACAAGUGCGACCUGGUCUACUACGACCCCUACCCAAACAAGUUCCUGGAGGAGUAUGUGAGCGACUACGGCAAGCUGCUGGCCAGCAAGGGUGAGCGGGCGGUGACGGUGAAGCGGUGCGAGACGGUGGAGGAGGUGCUGAGGAGCGCCGACGUGGUCAGCCUGCACUGCAACCUGGACGACAACACGCGGCACCUCAUGAAUGCGGAGCGGCUGGGCAUGAUGAAGCCCGAUGCGGUGCUGGUGAACGCGGCGCGCGGCCCCUGCAUCGACGAGGCCGCCCUGGUGGCGCACCUCAAGGCCAACCCCAACUUUCGGGCGGGUCUGGAUGUGUUUGAGGAUGAGCCGGCCAUGAAGCCAGGGCUGGAGGAGUGUGAGAAUGCCGUCAUCGUGCCACACAUCGCCUCUGCCACGCUCUGGACCCGCGCCGGCAUGGCCACGCUCGCGGCCUGCAACGUGGCGGCCACGCUUUCGGGCCACCCGGUGUGGAACAAGCCCGAUGUGCUGCCGUUUGUCGAUGGCCCUUUUGAUGCCAUCCCCAAGGCUGCUCCUAGCAUUGUGAAUGCAAAGGAGCUGAGCCUGGCAAUGGCAUGAGGCGGAGGCCAAGGUCCCAACCAACGCCGCUGCCCCUGGGCUGACGCUUGCCCCCCCUGUUUUGCUCAGCUCAAACCACGCCCUAGUUUUUCCUCGUCUGUAUCAGCCUUUCAUUUCUGGCUUUCAGCUAUUCUCUGCAUCUGCCAUCAUUGUUAUCCCUAACCGCCAUGCGGCGGCUGUCUGAGAUGGCGCGCCUGGG